CCCAAAAAAAGAUGCGCCGCCCUCGCUCGAUGUUGCUCUCCUUCUCUCUCUCUCUCUCUCUCCACCAUAAACACCAGGCAUGGACUCACUCUCCCUCUACGACCCCGUCAACCGACUAGACGUACCCCCUUCACGCCACGCAGUCGAGUCUGACUCGGAGUCUGAUUCUGGAGAUGACUUGGAUGACAUCGAUGACGAGAGGCAAGAAGAGGAUGUCGUAUCGCAGCACCUCGAGAUGGAGGGCAACUUGGAUGCACUCAGGGGCAAAGAUCUGAUCAUUCUCGUGGGACAGGUGGGCGAGACAAUUGUGAGCUCGCUGAAGGGUGAAGAGGGGUGGGCAAGGAUGGUGUGUACCGUCAAAUGGCAGGGUAGGGUGCAGGCGAGCUUCAGUGAGGGUGGGGUUGGGCUCGUUUAUCCUAGUAGUCUGUUGAUGGAGAGGCCAGGGAUCAUGAGCCUCGUCAUGGCUGAGAUGCUCAAACGAUUGAAGCCAAAGAGCCUCUGCAUCCUCACCUCGUACUCCCCCGUCCUCUACAUCGACCCAUCCCCACCCAAGCAGGACCACACGUCGUCGAUCCGCUACCUCUCAUCACGCCACAUCGCUAGCGCAUCAUCACUCCACGCAUUCUCGCCACCCAACUUCCUCUGGGGCGCAGACGCCGCUCUAACGCAAAGCGCCGUCUAUGCCUGCAUCCCAACUCUGGUCCUCCUCGCGCCCAAUAAUAGCCCCUCCCUCCGACCUCAGGCGCGCAUCGCCCCCGAUCACAAGGGCGAUGUUGGUGGGGUUGGGGGAGGGCGGCCGAUGGGGCUGGAUGAGGUUCUGGAGAGUGAUGAGGAUGAAGAGGAGGAUGGGUCUACGGGAGUGGAGGAGGCGGAUCCUAUGCCAUUGAGUCUGGAUGAGGAUGAGAGGAUGGAGCUAGUUGAGGGAUUGAGAGAGGGUUUGAGACAGAUGGCAUGGCCUGCCACUCUGCCUCUCUUGCCCGUGGCGAAUCAAGGCAGCAACAGCAGCAGCAGCAGCGAGGGAACCUCGUUGGCUCACUUUGUCCAGGAGAGGAGAAGGGAGGCAGUCAGACGAAGGCAGCGUAACGCGAGUGGCAUGUAUGUAUGAGACUGAUGCCAUCGAUAGCAUCGCCAUUCUGAUCGAUUACAUUCAUAGUAUCGAGUCGUG